GCGCGCCCCUUCUCUCCACCCCCGGCCGCGGAUACGCAAAUUCCCUCCCACGCAACCCCUCCUCUUCAUGGCACAAACUUUCCUCCCGGGACAGAUCGGGGCAGCGACCGGAGCCGACUCCUGCAUCUCCUCUGUCGGCCGGCUCUGAGAGGCAGCUGUUGAAAUGGGUUGUGGACUGAAUAAGCUAGAGAAACGUGAUGAAAAACGGCCUGGUAAUAUUUAUUCAACUCUGAAGAGGCCUCAGGUAGAAACCAAGAUCGAUGUGGCCUAUGAAUACCGCUUCCUGGAGUUUACCACGCUGAGUGAUGCGGAACUCCCGCGGUCCUCUGCGGUCAGGCUCUCCUCCUUGCGAGAUCUUCCCGCUCAACUUCAGGAGCAAUACCAGCAGGGCUUUACCCUGGUUGCCCUCCACCCCUUCGUGCAGCCCACCGACGAGCGGGAGAAGAAGACUCCCCAGGAGCAAAUCUUCCGGGCUGUGCUGAUCAAGAAAACUGAGAGAUCUCAGAAAAAUGAUUUUCAUAAUGAAGGGUACAUCUUGGAAUUAGAUUGCUGCUCCUGCUUGGACCACCUGACAGACCAGAAAAUCAUCCCGAAUUUCAUUAAGAAAAUCCAAGAUGCAGCAAGUCAAGGCCUAGAGUUCGUGGGCAUUGUCCCACAGUACCAUUGCCCCGGGAACUCUGCAGGGAGCAGCCCGCUGACCCCCACUGCCAACGGGUCGGGGGAGUCCAGAGAUGGGAAAACCACGUCAGACCAAUCUGAAGACCUCUCGUCCUUGGAUAGGGAGACCCCAGGGUCGGCAGAUAUGAGCAGCACGCCGGCGGGGUCUCCGGGCGACACAGAGCCCCAGGAACGCGGGACAGGCGAUGGGCAGGUUGCUGAACAACCAAACUUCUCCUCUGUAGGGGGAAAUGGAGCAGAUUCACCAGAGAAGGCAGAUGGAUCCUCACCAGGACGGACAUUCACAGCAGACAAACGGGAAGGCUCUGACCCCCUAGCUGGAAAAAUGGAGAUUUUCACCAUUUUCAACAAGCCAAAGAGCCAGCUACAGCGGUGUCGACAGUACUACACGGUCACUAUCCCGCUCAGGGUCUCCAAAAACGGACGGACGGUCAGCAGCCUGGACGCGAACUGGUUGGAGCACAUGAGUGAGCACUUCCGGAAGGGGGGCGUGCUGGUGAACGCCAUCUUUUAUCUUGGAAUGGUAAACGAUUCCUUACAUGGCUUGACAGAUGGAGUAUUCAUCUUUGAAGAUGUUUCCACAGAAGAGAACAAAACCGUACAGGGCUAUGACGCCAUUGUUGUCGAACAAUGGACCGUCCUGGAAGGUGUCGAGGUGCAGACAGAUUACAUCCCGCUGCUGAACUCACUGGCCGCCUAUGGCUGGCAGCUCACCUGUGUGCUCCCUACACCCAUCAUGAAGACCAACAGGGAGGGAAACAUGGCCACCAAACAGAUCGUCUUCCUUCAGAGACCCUCUCUACCUCAGAAAGCCAAGAAGAAGGAAUCCAAGUUUCAAUGGCGCUUCUCCCGUGAGGACAUGCACACCCGGCAGAUGAGGAAAUCCAAGUCUAAACUGAGUGCCCGAGAAGAACAGAAAAUGGAGGAAAAUGAGAAAAAGCAGGGAGACCCCCUUCCCAAAGCAGGAGAUGUGGGCAGCUGUCUGCCUGCCUUCGAUCAGGUGGAUGGGGUCCCUCAGGAGCUGGGUGGGGGUCUUCGGGAGACUGAAGGCAAAGAUGCGAAUCCUAGCUCGCAGGUGAACGCAGCUGCUGACCGUGGGGUCCCCUGUGAGGCAGUGGUCACCUGCAACAGAGAGGGUAACCCGCAGGAAGGGUCCGUGCUGGCCGCUGGAGUGGAACCUCCCGCGUCAGAAGAGAUCUGACUCGAAACAGUUUUCUGCAAAUCGAGGAGAGCUUGGCUGACCGCCUUCCUUGGAAGGACUUAGCGCGCAGACUGCUGUUUGACUUGGCACGUUCUCUUCUUCAAAAGAGAACUCCACACUCCCUCACUCCACCAUGUUUUGUUUCUGCACAUCUACGUUUGAAAUGUCUUAAAAUACAAGAGUUUGGGCUGUUUCUCCUGGUGUCUGAGAACCCAGGCCCCUAGCCCAGAAGCCCCUCACUCUCCUUUCCCUGGGGUUUGAACAAUCCAAUGCAAACUUCCUCUUUUGGGGGGCUUGGGGAACAUUCAGGUGGACUUUCCUGGGCCAGAACCAAGUCUCAGCCUGCCCAUAAAGAAUGCCAACACCCCCAUUGCUUUCUGCCCCUACUGCCUGGCCCUUUCACAGGAUGAGCAGUACCCAGAGGGCCAUGUUUCCUCACCUUUAGAAGUCAUUAGACACUCACUACUGCUUUGGCAAAAUGGUGCUAGGCAAAGCGUGUGGUACUAACUUCCCUAUGGAGAUCCUGAGAGUUCCCAUAUUCAUAGUCAUCUGGGAACGAAAAGCGAAUUCUCCAACCUGUUGUUGGAGAAGUCCAUCUGAGGCUCUGUGUUUGUGUCGGUCCCCCCCACAAAAAGAGGUUUUGUAUCCGGUAUGUCCAGUGCAUACCUUUGCUUUGCUGUCAUCUCAGGGCGACCGCAUUUGGUUGGGUGCCCUUGCUUCAGUGCAUCAUCGACGGAGUUGGUGCGCUAUGUAAUGCUGUGUCUGUGGAGUGUGCGUCUUGUCUAGAAAGCCUUGUUCAGACUGGUAAAAUUAGAAGGAACACUCACACUGUAUUUACCAAAACAAUGGCCUGUCCUUUCUCUUUCUUGCUUAGUUACUUGAAGCAAUAAAUCACCCUUGAGUUUAGCGUGCUGCUGUCAAGUGCUGGUUAUUUAUCAUGCCAUGAAGGAAGCCUCCCCCUCUCUCUCCCCACCUCACAAGUCUCCCACUCCACAGGCCAUGGGUCCUUCUGCAAGGCUCUUAAUACCUACAGCUAGGAGAGGGGUGAGAGAAGAAAAUGGAAGCCGGGGGAGAAGCAGCCCUCGGGCUGGCCUGGCUGGCAGAGAAGUGGCUGGAACAGCCGCCCCAUCUAGGUGCUGCCAUCUUUGGUUUGGGAGGCAUCCAUAGAGCAGAGACCAAAAGGGAAGACAAAAGAGACGCCAGGUAAGAGGUGGAGAUGGUGGACAGCCAGUCUGGGAGAGCUUCUUAAAAGAGUAGCCACUCUGUACGUUAUUGAGAUCAGGCUCUUUCCUGUUUGCAAGUUUAUUAAAAUGUACAUAUUUGUAAUAUAUUUUUUAUAGAGCAGGUUCAACCCACUCAAAUAUGUUGCAUGUUGCUGGGGGAUUUUUUUUUUCCAUUUGGAUUGUGAGCUCUGCCUCAUUUUACUCAGGAGAGGUUUCAGGGCCUCUUAUGAAAAGAAGGGUUGGGAAAGCUGUUUGGACUUCAUUUUUUUCCCCGUGACAUUUUCCCAGAAGGAUAUUAUCGUGUCUAGUAUCUGUACAGCAUCUUGGCUCAAUAAAACAUUAACUCUUCGUGCACA